CUACACUGCUAUCCUUGGAAACACUGCUAUCCUGACACCUAGUGACUAUAGCUAUUCCUGACUACUGCUUCCAAUAAUAACUUUUGAUUGGCACUAUCAAAUCACUGACUACUAACUUCAAAUGAACUUUAUUGAUAUUUGAACUUUUCAGUGUGAGAAAAGUAUGGGGAAAAUGGUUAUGGAGAUUGUUGCUUUGCUGCUUAGCAUUUCAGGAUGGGUUCUCAUCUCCUCCACACUGCCCACUGACUACUGGAAAGUGUCCUCCAUAGAUGGAACUGUCAUCACUACAGCAACCUUUUGGUCCAAUCUGUGGAAGACAUGUGUGACAGAUUCUACUGGAAUAUCUAACUGCAAGGACUUCCCUUCUAUGCUGGCUUUAGAUGCUUAUAUCCAGGUGUGUCGUGGUCUGAUGAUCUCUGCAGUGUGCCUGGGUUUCUUUGGGGCCAUUCUGGCCCUGGUUGGAAUGAAAUGCACAAAGAUAGGGGGCUCUGAGUCUACCAAGGCCAGGAUUACCUGCCUCUCUGGACUACAUUUUAUCCUCAGUGGUGUCUGUUCAUUGGCCACAUGUUCGCUGUAUGCUCACAGAAUAACCUCAGAGUUUUUUGACCCUUUAUUUGUGGCACAAAAGUUUGAGCUGGGAGCUGCACUGUUUAUUGGAUGGGCAGGUUCUGUCCUUUGCUUUCUGGGGGGCAGUAUCCUCUGCUUCUCAAUAACAGAGGGCUUCAGCAUGAGAGAAUACACCUACAGCGGUGUCACCACUUUCAUGACAACCCAAAACAAAAACACCAACAGUCCUGUAAGUUCUGAAAAAGAUGCAGCAGAUCGAGGCUACUCUGUGAGGCAGUUUGGGAGAAAUGCCUAUGUCUAA